AUGGCUAACGAUCAAUGAUCAUGCCCAAGAAGACGCUAAUGGAGACCAUUUUUCACCACCUGAAUGUCCUACGACUUUACAAGUUAGUGAUCGAUGGUUUUAUGGUGGUGCUGAUUUUCCCAUUCGACCAUUGAAUGAAUUAAUUGAUUCUUACCAUAAAACUGUCGGUCGCAACUGUAAAUUAGUAUUAGACUUAGCUGUCAGUCGAAGUGGUCUAGUUGACCCUAAACAUGCUAGCAGAUAUAAAGAGUUUGGUGAUUUUAUUCGAAGCUGUUAUGGAAAGCCAUUAUCUAGUCAAUUUAAUUGUUCAAGUGCUAGCUGUAUCUUACGAUUUCCAUCAACUCAAUUAGCUGAUCGUGUCGUCAUUCGUGAAGACUUGAGAAGUCCAUCUGGUGCUAGUAUUCGUCAAUGGUCUCUUGACGGAUAUAUGAUGUGGGGAGAUUGUUUAGGUUGCUGGAUACCAAUUCCAUCCGCUAAAGGACAAUCAAUUGGAAAUAAAAGAAUCGUUCUAUUUGGUGAAGCUGUUUUUUUACAAGCCAUCCGAUUGAAUAUCUAUAAUACAACAGGUGGUCCACAAGUUUUGGCUCAGUUUGAUGCGUACCUCUGCCAUUGA